UAUAAGCAUAUUUGUUCAUGCUUCUUCCAUUCUCUUAGCCUUUUUUCCAUUUUGGGGAUCUGGUCCAAACGACCAGCAGGAGAUCCACCACAAUUCCCGAGGAUUCAACUUUGAACUCUCCUUAAUUCCUUCUUUUUUUUUCUAUUUCUAGUCUUCUUGUCUCUUCUCUUUUAUUUUUUUCACAUAAACCCUUAUUCUUCUCUGCUCAAAUUCAACUUUAUUCAGAUCUGUGCACUUGGAAAUUAAGACAGGUCAUAUAUAUACAUUUGAUCAUGAAUUCGUUUUCACGUGUUCCACCUGGCUUUCGGUUCCAUCCAACUGAUGAAGAACUUGUAGAUUAUUACCUCAGGAAGAAAAUCACUUCAACAAGGAUUGACCUAGAUGUUAUUAAAGAGGUGGACCUCUACAAGAUUGAACCAUGGGAUCUUCAAGAACUAUGCAGAAUAGGGAGAGAAGAAGAAGAUGAAUGGUACUUUUUCAGCCACAAAGAUAAAAAAUAUCCAAGUGGUACAAGAACCAAUAGAGCCACAACAGCAGGAUUCUGGAAAGCAACAGGAAGAGACAAGGCUGUAUAUUCCAAGCAUGACUUGAUUGGCAUGAGGAAGACCUUGGUUUUUUACAAAGGAAGGGCUCCUCAUGGUCUCAAAUCUGAUUGGAUUAUGCAUGAAUAUCGACUUGAGACUGAUCCAAAUGGUGCCCAUCAGGAAGAAGGAUGGGUGGUGUGUAGAGUUUUCAAGAAGAAAAUGGCAAGCACAAGGAAAGAAAGUGAGCAGGAGUCACCAAAUUGGUACGACAAUAAUAAUGAUCAAGUUUCAUUGAUGCCAAAGAUUGACUCACCAAAGCAACAACAUAAUUACCCUUGCAAGAAGGAAUACCAAAUCCCAAUCCCAUCUCAUCACCAACAACUUCCUCUUUUACAAAGUCCUAAACUUCUUCCAUCCACCUCAAUUAAUUCAUUGUUUGGAAUUAACGUCGUUAACAAUAAUACCUCUAAUUUGCAACAGUCUGUCUCCGUUCUCACACGAGAACAAGUUGUUGAUCAAGUGACCGAUUGGCGAGUGCUCGAUAAAUUUGUAGCUUCUCAACUUAGCCAAGAGGAGGUAGUCUCUAAGGAAAAUGAUUAUGCAAACACCUUACAUGGUGCUACCGAUGAAUCGAAUUUGAUGGUUCAAGAUUUGAACAAACAAGAAACAGUCACUGAAAAUAACUCCACUGCAUCGUCCUCAUGUUUUCAGAUUGACCUGUGGAGGUGAAGUGAAAUGAAAUUCCUUAUAAGUUAUAAGCAAAGUAAAUACUGAUCAUAGGAAAGUACAGUUCUUAAUUUGUUGAUUAAAUAUCUAAUCUGUUUAAUAUCAUUGUACAUAAUAAUACUACAAAGAAAAACUAUGUGACACUUAUAAUAUUAGUAAUUUAGUUAA